AUACGGUCAUAGCUUUAGGGUUGCAUACAAACGGAGCUGGAGGAAAUGCGAGAGGGAACCAAUUAAUUCGAUUUACAAUUCAUCGGGAAUGACAGCCUAUUAGGCUAGUGGCAAGGCUCCCACAUUGUCUUGAUACCCAUAUCCGAGUCUGCUUUCCUGCACUGGAUGGGAGUGAUCCUCCCACCUAGUGCCACCACCUGCAUUCUGUCCCUCUCUCUCCUGAUUCCCUAGUAGAUACAUUGUCACCCUAUAGUCUGGUAGCCUGGCUGCUCACCUACAUGUAUAUCAAUGAAGACCCCAUUUGGAAAGACGCCAGGCCAGCGCCCCAGAGCUGAUGGGGGUAAUACUGGGGUAUCUGCAAAUCUGAUCAAGAGGAAAAAUUCCCACAAGAAGCAGAAGAAUGUUGGUCCAAGCAAGCCUAUUGCCCAACCCAGACGAAACAUAGUGGGUUGCAGGAUAACGCACCAGUGGAAGGAAGACACCAAGGUUUCCCAGUGGAAAGGAACAGUUCUCGAUCAAGUCCCUGUCAACCCAUCUCUCUACCUGAUCAAGUAUGAUGGAUUUGACUGCAUCUAUGGACUUGAGCUUCACAAAGAUGAGAGGGUGCAAGGCCUGGAGGUUUUACCAGACAGAGUUGCUCCAGCUCGUGUCAGUGAUGCACAGCUAGCAGAAACCAUGAUAGGCAAAGCAGUGGAGCACAUGUUUGAGCAAGAUGAAGGACCAAAGGAGGAGUGGAGGGGCAUGGUGCUAGCACGGGCUCCCAUUAUGAACACAUGGUUCUACAUCACUUAUGAAAAGGACCCUGUUUUGUACAUGUACCAGCUCUUGGAUGACUACAAAGAGGGGGAUCUCCGGAUAAUGCCUGAUUCAAAUGACUCGACCCCAUCAGAGAGAGAGCCUGGCGAAGUGGUGGAUAGCCUUGUUGGCAAACAAGUGGAAUAUGCCAAAGAGGAUGGCGGCAAAAGGACAGGCAUGGUUAUCCAUCAGGUUGAUGCCAAACCCUCUGUGUAUUUCAUCAAGUUUGAUGACGACUUUCACAUCUACGUCUACGAUUUAGUAAAAACGUCUUAGGGCAUUGAGAAAAUCAUUGAUUCACAGACCGUGGCAAAUGUUUUCAGGAUUUCUUUGAGACAAGACAAUUCCUUCACAGGCUACGAAUGUGAAACUUGUCAUUUCCUGUGUCACUGCUUCCAAUGCGAAAGCUAUUAGUGUACUUUGUCUGAAGUCCACUUUUGUUUGAAAAGAAGAGACCUCUGCAGAAUUCACCAUGUCUGAAAAUUUACUCUGUUCAAUUGGGCCAGACACCAGGAGCCUAAUCCCAAAGUUUUUCUUAACAUGAAAGAAAAGUGAGAAUUUUGUGGUGGGUUUUCUUGUCUAUGAUGCUGUAAAUGAAUUCUUGUGAGGUUCUCGUAACAUGUUUCUACCACUUUUGUUGACUUGUGGGUUUAACAUCCUCAGAAUUUAGCAUGCAUCAGUCUAACAGCUGUGGUCCUUUGUAGCCCAGUUGGUAGAGCAGGUUAGUGGAUUCGAUUCCCCCAUCCAUAUGUCAAAUGUAUGCACGCGUGACUAAGUCGCUUUGGAUAAAAGCGUCUGCUAAAUGGCACAUUACUGUAUCAGUCAAACCUAGUAAUCAGUUUAAAAAGAAAGGUAUUACAUGAAAUUCUGUGAUUUAAUUUUAUUCCUUAAUUCUCUACUUGUAUGAACUGCCAUUGUGAAAUUGUCCUUCACAUAAGGCUAGUUUCUGAGACCAAGGAAAUCCAAGAGCUUCUUCCUUUUAGUUUUUAAUCAGUGUUAUUUUAUGUCGGCCACACUUGCAUUCUCCCGAAAUGGGUGUCUAAGACCUCUACUACUCUGUCAAAUCGAAAUUGUAUUAGAGUAAUUUGGCUGAUUGGUUGUGCAAAGUUAAUCAAUUAUUUUAAUUCUAAUAUUUUUUGUUUACUGUAUCUUUUAGAUAUGAUUUUAGUUUCCUUCAACCUGAAAUUAUUAGUUUUGUUAUUUAAUACUCUAUCAUCCAAAUCUGAUUUCAAAUUUGUAUUAUCACAUUUCACUCUUACUCCUUUGCUAGAGCUACUGUAUUGCAAAUUUGUUGUCAAAAACACUAAAAGGAUACUGAUUGAUACACAUAACUAACUAUACACUGAGUGGACAAAACAUUAAGAACACCGUCCUAACAUUGAGUUCCACCUACUACCAUAACCCGCCCUGGCACAUACUAACCUCAUCCAUUGGCACUUAAAUGGGCACUUGCCUCUUCACCCUUUGAAUGGCACGCAUACACAAGCCAUGUCUCAAGGCUUAAAAAUCUUUUUUUAACCUGUCUUCUCCUCCUCAUCUACACUUGUAGUGUAUUGAACAGGUGACAUCAAUAAGGGGAUCAUAGCUUUCACCUGAUCAGUGUGUCAUGAAAAGAGCAGGUGUUCUAAAUAUUUUGUAUACUCAAUGUACAUGAAAGACGAUUAUAAAUGAGGUUUACAAGAAAUAUAGUGUAGCAAUCAUCUUGUUAGCAUUGUGAUCCAUUUGGAAGUAUUUUUACGACUUACCUUCAAUUCUUCAUGCCUGUUUCAUGUCUAUGUGCCAUAUAUUUUCAGAGUGAUAGAUCUCAGAAAUGUUUCUAUCGAAAUUGUCUAAAUUGAUUAAGCAAAGGGCCUGUUAAUGUUCUAAUGGAUUUUGGGUCAUAUGCCACUGAGCCACCUACCAUCAAUGAGGUUAAUUUUGAAAAUGUCAUUGUUUAAUUGAAUUCAGCAUCAAUCCAAUCCAUACGUUUAUUUCUCAUUUAAGCAAAUAUGAAUUGUUUGCUGUUUUCUGACCUGAGCCUAGGUUGAUUUCAUGAUUUAACUUGAUACUGUAUAAUAGUAUUAUACAUCACUUGCAACAUUUUGAAUUUCAUCCAAGGAUUUAGAAAGAUAUUUAAAUGGUCAACAUGUCAUGGUUAUUUUAGAAUUGUUGUAUUGUUAGCAUGUUCAAAUUGUGUUACUGAAGCCUACAGUGCAUUUGGAAAGUAAUUCAGACACCUUGACUUUUUCCACAUUUUGUUAUGUUACAGCCUUAUUCUAAAAUGGAUUAAAUAUUUGUUUUCCCCUA